AUGAGACCUUAUAACGAUAGUUCUAUGGAGAGAGGAGAGAUACACCACGACUAUGUGGAUAGGAAAAUGAUCCUGAAGGUAUCAGCAGAGGACAACUACCGUCUGUCCUCGGCAACGGUCGCAAAUGAAGCAGCAGAAGAUCUCAGUGGCCAUCAAGGUGAUUUGGAGGUCCUUCGUUCGACUGGCAGUAUUCUCCAAAUUCCGGCAUACAGAUCCAGUACCCACCGGGAAAUCUACAGUACGAAGCGCGACUCAAUAUCUCCCACUGACAUGUUCGCAGUGGAAGGCUGUCCGGAAGGCUAUCCCCGCCUUGCAGCCUUACUCGAUAGCGACGAGAACUUCAUGCUCUACAGAAGGUUUGGCUACCUGCAGGCUCGACUUCUCCUGUAUAAGCAAGAUGAGCUCCGAGAGGCAGAAAGAGAUCUCAACGAGUCAGAUAUCAUUGAUGCGAGGGGAGAACCGAGCUGGUUGAAGUCUCGGGAGAAGGACGAUAAGAAAUCACGUAGGAAAGAAAUCUUGAAGACGAUCGAGACAAAGUUCUUGGAAUACACUCAACUCCUUACGAGUGCCCGCGACAUUGCAAACUUUAACAGCCCUCGCGCCCGAGACUAUUGGACUAUCAGGAAGUAUUUCGAUGAGCACGCGCCGCUUGUUGAACAGGAAAGUUAUAUAUACCAUAAAGAAGAUAUAGUGGCACUGAAACCUGGGAGAGAGCAUUCGUGGCUGGAUACCUUCGUCGAGAAAAUAUUCCACAAGUUGAAUUGUAGGCUCGUCCGAGAGCUUCGCGCAAAGGCCAACCCAGAGUCCUCGGGCGUGAUUCUGUAUCACCGGGAGCGGAUUGAAAUCAUCGUAUCCAUCAUUAUCGCCAUCGUUAUCGUCGCAAUUCUCAUAACCCCCAUUUACAUCCUCUUCUACCUUACCGUUGGCGCUCAAACCAACCACAGUGUUUCGAUCAUCAUCAGCGUGCUGCUCAUCUUCACUUUACUCUUCUCGGGUGUGCUGUCACUGUUUACGAGGGCAAAGAGACAUGAAAUUCUUGCUGCUGCCGCUGCUUAUUGCGCUGUGCUGGUGGUUUUCAUUGGGAAUGUGGGGAAAUUGAAUACCUGA